AUGUCAGGAUUAUUGGCUUGGAAAUCACCUUUCCUAUUGAAUGCUGUUGUUGAUGCAGUGAAUAUAUCACCUGAUGAUGAAGUCCUAGAGCUUGGAAUUGGGUUCGGCGAUGGUGUUUUGCGCUCUUACAAGCGUGUGAAAGAAGGCAAAGGAACAAUAUACACUGUAGAUAGAUGGACAUCAUUAUUUGGAGCGGUUCGAGGACGUUUUCCUAAGAAUGCAUUGGAAGAUAAACGGAUUGUUUUUAAUGAAGUGUCCGAUGCAAAACUUUUGCCAUUCAACAAUGAUUUUUUCGACAAAAUAUUUCAUGUUCAUUCACCAUACUUUUGGGCAUCUGAUUUGCCAGCAACACUAACUGAGAUAAUUAGGGUGCUGAAACCCGGUGGUAUCUUCUUAUGCGGCAUGGAUUUGAAAAAGCUUGAAUUGCUGGAAAAAGGAAAGUUAAUUAGGCGACGACAAUUUGAUCCAACUCGGUAUAUUUUCGAACUGGAACCCGCUGGAUUUGAGGAUAUCAGAAUGGAGUAUAUCAAGGGAAUGACAAGCAAAGAAUAUCAGUUGAUAUUUGCCAAGAAACCACUAGAAAUCAAAGAACUACGAGAUCCGGAUAAAGUCGCUGCUUACCUCAAAAAUAAGCUAAUGAAGGAAUACAUUAUUGAGCGUGGUAUUGAUGAAGGUCAUUCACUAGUGGAAAUCGAACAAGGUUUUUUGCAUGAUGAAACCUACGAUGAUGUAAGAUUGUUAGAAGAAAGUAAACCUAAUCGCAUAACCAGUUCUAAGCUUUAA